ACUAUUGAUUAUUAUUAAUAUUAAAUGCGGCAAAGGUUUACUUACUUUAAUCAAAAUUUUCCUAUUUUUAUUGCAUUAAUACAUAUCAUUUUACAGAAUGCCCGUGAUUACAACCAUUGGAAUAUUGGAGUUGCUUUAAUAGAUUUUUUUUUUUUUUUUUUUUUUUUUUUUGGUGUUCCACACUUCUAUGGUUCUACCUGUUCAUCUUUGGACUGAUCCAGAUUCGGGGCUCGGCUCUAAAUGGUUAGAUUCUAAUCCCUUCACAAUUGUUGCUACGAGUAGUCAGUAGUCUCAUUUUUCACUUCGCUAAACUUAACUAAAUUUCCACUCACAAAAGUAAGGAAGAACUCAGAAAAAUGGCGAAUUUGAAUGGUGAGGAUCAUAAUUUCGAUUGUAAUAUUUCUAAUUUAAGUGUGAAAAACAAUGACAAUGUUUCAGCAUUAGUCCAAAUCAUUGCAAUUCUUCCAGAACACCUGAUUUUGGUCUCAUUCUCCCAAUAUUGCCGAUAUGAUAGCUAGAGUGCAAUCACAAUAUUGGACUGCUGCAACCCUUGAUUAUGCAGGUGCAGCUUGUGAGUCUGUAUUGACAACAUUGAUUGCUCAGUUCAGAUCAUAUUAGAAGGUUCAACACUUACAAGCUUGAAUUCUGAAUCUGGUGGUGUUACAGCUGCAUAGGCUUGGAUAUUAGAUCUUGUGUACUCUAUUUGCAGGAUAUUAUAAGAUUAUUCAGGUAAGUUAUCAGGUUCUUUUUUUUUUCCCCCUUUUAAUAGGAGUCCUUGGCAGUUUUUAACGUACAUAUUUUCUUGGCUUCUAAAAAAUUUUGAAACAAACUGUCAAAGUGCUUUGAUUGGAUUGCUUGUUUGCUUGUAUGAGGGAAUUUAGUGCUUGACUACUUAAAAUUUUUAUUUUAUGCAUCUUAAUCAUAACGAUAACCAGUUAAGGAAAUAAGGCUUUGGUAUUAUUUUAUUGUUAGUGAUAAUUAUAUAAAAGUCUCACAUUCUAAUUCGAGGUGCUAGCUCGGUUGGUCCAACCAACUUGUUCAUAUUUGCCUCCCCAUCACAUAAACAAUACCUUCAAGUAAAUGUUACUCAACUACUCGUUCAUAAGCAUUUGUAGUUUAAUUAAGUUUUAUUCUUCCAUUAUAUCUUUCAAGAAUAAUAGAAAGUUGGAGAAUAUAUAAAAUUUUAAACUACUUUUUUACCACACAACCGGGGUGUUGUACUUUGCAGCAUACAAAAAUUAUUGUAUCUAAUCAUUUACACAAUGAGCAAAUUAAUUUUGCUCACUAGCGAAAUUUGAACAAAUUAGUUUUGCUAAUUUUGCUUCAUUUUUUUUACUUGCACAAAAUGAGCAAAUUUGUAUAGUGAUGCAAAAGAACAUUCUCUGUUUGCUCAUUCUUGUUCAUCCAUGCAAGUAAACACAUUGGACAAGCUACAACUAGUCGUAUGGUGAAGAUCUUGCUAACUCGUUAUAUAUCUUGUUCAUAAUUAAUUAAUAUAAUCAAAUAUAGUGAUUAUGUGGGAAUAAAAAAGAUUGAAAUUGCAUGAUCCAAGCUUUAAACAAGUCUAAAGAAGAUUAUAUACAUAAUCCAAAGCAUUUUUUUUUUAAAUAACAAUGACUGAAAAAAAUUAUGUUAAAACAACUUUUGUUUAUCUAUACCCUCCGCUUUAUUAAGUGACUCAUUGACUUUUUUGCAUUUUCACACUAGUCAUAUAUGCGUGAUUUAUUGUAAUUUUUUGGGUGUACCAAAGACACCUUUUUGAUGCACGUAUGAGAAAAAGUGGAAUAUUGAGAAAAAAAAAAAACUCAAAUAACAUAAUUAUAUUAAAAAUAGUAAACUUUUUGAAGACCACCCCACAAAAAUUACUAUGACAUUAAUAUGAUUGAUAACAAAAUUAAAAGUAUUUCAUGCAUUGGAAUAUAUUUCUUUAACGACAUAUGAAUUCCUAGUUCUAAAAUCAACACACACAAAAUAUACCUUGAUUAUGAUAUUCAUGCACUUGUAAGAAUAAGGAGGAGAAAAAUUGAACUUUCUCUAUUUGGUGUUUUUUUUUCUUCUUCUUCCAGUCGACACAUUUUGAAUAUAGCACUAUUUACUUACUCCCCUUUGACCGUGAUUUAUGCAUUAUACACAAUUAAAAAUAUAGUCCCGUGGAAUCUUGUUAGAUUCGUCACGAUAUAUAUUUUAAAAAUAUCAAUUGUUCAUAAACCUUGUUUAUCGGUAAUUAAAGAUAUUAAUAGUUUAUGUUGCCAUGUGGAAAUUGUGACUAAAAAACGUGUCAACAAAAAGAAACGGAGAAAAUAUUAUUCAUAAAUUUAGCUAUAUGUAUUUACAUCUAUUCACAAAGUGGAAUUGAUUCCUUAAUUAUAAUUUUUAAUAGAAUUAUCUUAAUUGUAAAAGUUCCAUGAUUUAUAAUUCCUUGAUUGUACCUUCAUAAUUAAUUUUUUUUAAUUGAUGUCAAUUAUUUGAAUAAUUAGUGCCAAUUUUUACCUUGCCAAAUGUGGCUGAUUUGUCAAUGAUUAGUUUCCAUUUCAAAUAUAAACUUAUAAUUGUAAUCAUCUAAUAUUUAUAUUAUUGUAUUUUAGGUGGACACCAAAGCCCUUCCCUUCAUUUAUAUGAUAAAGAUAUUGAGUUUUACUAAAUUAUCUUACCUAUAUGUAAUAACUAAUUUUAAUCCAUGAUGCUUGGUUUUUCUUUUUCUUUUUAAAGUGACUUUUACAUUAUAUUUGAUUAUAUAUGCCUUAUAAACUACAUGUAUUUCAUUAAUUUUGAUAAAAAAUUAAUGUUUGAAAAUUUGAAGCUGUAUAUAGCAUAAAUUUGGAAACUUGAAAUUCUAAAAUCUUUUUAUAUUUAGGGUAAAGGGGCAUGAAAUUAUUUUGAGGUGAAGAGACAUGAUAUUGGAAGAAAAACUAAAUGUAAUUGAACGGAAAAUAUUAUGUGAGUAAUUUGAAGGCAUAAAGGUGGAAGAAAAUCAAGAUUGUGUAGGAGAAAACAUGUGAACCCCAAAGAAAUAAGAUAAAAAAAAGGUCUUUAAAUGUGACACGUGGCACUUUGGAUUUCUUGCAAAAUUUUCCUAUUAUUAAAUAUUAUUAUUUUUUUUAAUGAAAUAUUGUUAUACUUCGUUCGUAUAUAUUGUUGGAUUAGUUACGAGGUAUAAAUUCAUAAUAUCAUUUUUUACUAAUACGCAAGUAAAGAUAUCAACAAUCAAAUAUUUGCAUCGGCAUGCGUAAUAAGUGUUUGCGUGUUACUUAAUAACACAAAGUGAUUCUUCACAUCUCCAUUUCUUAAUAAAUACGUCUUUAAUGCACUGCUUUAACCUCUUGCACUAUUCCGAAACACUACAUUCCCUCUAUUUUUCCGCUUUUAUCUCUCGUCUGAAAUACCAGUUGGUCGCAACUAGAGUAUUGGUCUGAAAAUCUGAAUAAUGGUGAAAUUGAGGGAAGAGAAUGAUCCUGAUUCUAUUGCUAAUGAGAAUUGCAGGAUCAUCAACAUCAGUUAUGUUUCGGCGGAAACCCUAACUAUUCCCGAUGAUCUCAUAAUCGACCUCAUUCUGCCAAGAUUGCCGGUAAAAACCCUAAUCCGUUUCAAAUCUGUUUCUAAAUUCUGGUUUUCCACAAUUUCUACUCCUGAAUUCGCAAAAUCCCAUCUCAAAUUCUCCCCCAAUCAAUUUCUGUUAAUCUUUAAAAACCCAUUAAGAUUCAUGUUAUUGCCAUAUGAUGAUGAAGAAUCUGACAGUCUGAAAGACCCUAUUGAAUUGGAGAACUUUUUUGAUUCAUCUUUUCAACAAAAAAUAUCUAAAACCAAGGUUAGCUUUAUGGGUUCUGGUAAUGGGUUGGUUUGCUUUGAAUGUAGGAUUUUAUGUUUCUUCUUUAUCUGCAAUCCUGCUCUGCAUUCAUACCGUGAAAUUAUGUAUCCUAAUCCUGAUUACUGCCCUAGAACUUCUUGGUUUGGUUAUAUACCAUCUAUUGAUGACUACAGGAUAGUCGUGCUAUUUGGAUUGUCUAGAUUAAGAGUUCAGCAUGAACCUCCUCCUCCUGUAUACUUUUAUGUGUUUUCGUUUAAGACUGGGAAUUGGAAAAGAAUGUGUGACCUUGAUGGUUAUUUUACUCCCUAUGAAUGGUUAUGCCUGGACACAAAAGUGGUCAAUGAUAUACUGUAUUGGUCUGUUGGGCUUCCAGUAUAUGCGAUGCCUAAGCGCAUUAUAGGGUAUGAUUUGGUUAGUGAACAGGUGAAAGUAUUCCCUUGGAUGGAUUGGUUACAACAGUACGUCUGUACGAUGUUUUUCUUGAGGAAUGGGUGCUUAUCAAUGGAAUGUAUCAGCUUAAUCGAUCGGACGACUGAAUUUUGGACAUUGAAACAAUUUGAUGACUGGAACUCUUGGGAGAAAGUGGGUUAUUUCUCUCUUCCAUGCACGUUUGGUUUUCAUUACACCCCCACAGGCAAGUUUUUAGUAGAGAAAUGUUUUGAGCUCCAAACACCGAACCGGUUCAUGAUAGUUGAUGUAAGUCUAGAUACUGAAAAACAAAGGCAAAGCCAUACUUGCUCAUGUGCUGGUAAUAGAACUGUUUCAAAUGCGGUAGGAUAUGUUGAGAGUCUCAUUUCCCCCUUUGGAACAAUCAUGCCCAUUGAUGAGGAGAACCCUGGAGUUUGAUCGGUGCUGCUAUCUUGUGUUGGUGUGUGCGCAUUGUGGUUUAAAUUUUUCUUGUAUUAGGUUUUAUCAUGUGAUUUUCCCAUUAGACAAUUUUUUUGCUGGGAAUCAGCACUUUUUGUUGCUGUUGCUGUUGUUGAGUAGUUGACAAUUCUGUAAUAGACUGCCGCUGUUGCAGUGGCCGGUUUAUGAUAAUAACAAUGAAGUAAUUAUAUAAUCCAUCAAUUUCAUUUUGGCUUUGUA